AUGGCUACGACCCUGUCAUCCACAUCGACUGCGCAAUCCCGGUUUGAGCAAGCGCGAUUCAUACCCCCUGAUGCGAUAUUCGCUUUGACAGCCCAGUACCUGAAAGAUUCGUUUCCGCAAAAAGUCAACCUAGGGCAGGGAGCUUACCGCGAUGCCGAUGGCAAGCCAUGGCUUCUUCCCUCCGUGAACAAAGCCCGCCAGACUCUCUUGGAACAGGGUUUGAACCAUGAAUAUCUUCCUAUUUUGGGUCUUUCCACAUUUCGGCAGGCGGCGGCCGAACUCCUGUUAGGCCCAGAGCUUUUUGCGCAACGCGAGAAUAAAAUAGCAACGUGUCAAAGCCUAUCAGGGACUGGCGCACUGCACCUCGCUGGUCUGCUACUGAAGGCUUGCCAGAACCGCCUUCCGAAGGUGUACAUACCGGAACCUACGUGGUCCAACCAUCACCAGGUGUUUGACUCUCUAGGAUUCCCAUGUGAAAGCUUCAAAUACUAUGACCACGAAAGAAAGGACAUGGAUAUUGACUCAUAUUAUUCCAUGCUUAAACAGGCAGAGCCAAACUCCGUGGUCAUCCUCCACGCCUGUGCCCACAAUCCGACUGGCUUGGAUCCGAGUAAAGAGCAAUGGCGGGAAAUUGCUCACCUUAUGAAGGCCAGAAAUCUUUUCCCGCUAUUCGAUGCAGCGUACUUGGGUUUCAACUCGGGGAACCUCGAUGAGGAUGCGUUUGCCAUUCGUCUUUUCAUUAGAGAAAUGGAAAUGGAGGCUGGGGUUUGUGUUUCCUUCGCGAAGAAUAUGGGACUUUACGGUGAAAGAAUUGGGUGCUUUCUGCUCGCAAACAAUUCCAAGCAGACAGCCGUUCAUACCCAGUCUAUGCUUGAGAUGCUGCAGCGAUCUGAAGUAUCCAAUCCGCCGGCGUUCGGAGCAAAAAUUGCAAGCCUUAUUCUAGGACGUGAUGAUUUGAGACAGAUGUGGUACGCUGACAUGUUCACCAUGAGUGACCGACUCCGCUGGAUGAGGAAAGCGCUGUACGACAAUUUAGUCUCUCUCGGGGCCCCUGGCUCAUGGGAGCACUUGAUUCGACAAUCCGGGAUGUUUGGAUUUCUGGGUCUGCCCCCGGACAUUGUCCUGGAAUUGAGAGAAACAUAUCACGUUUACAUGGCGGACAAUUCUCGAAUCUCAAUAGCAGGUUUGAACGAGGGGAAUGUGGAAUACGUUGCUCGCUCGAUUACCCAGUGUCUGCUGAGGAUUGAAGGCCUAGGACAUCAUCCGUCGGCAGCUCUCUGA